AUGAUUUCAAAAGAUUAUUCUGCUUGGUAUUGGAAGUUUAUUCCUCAUGAACGUAAAGUUGAGGAUUUGUCUGAUGAUGAGAAGUCCUUUGACGUUACUGGUUCUGAAUUCAAUGUUGAAGAAGAACUAGAGUUUAGAGAUGAAGCAAAUCGUAAAUGGUGGAAAUUUUUUGAUGAAUACGAAUACCGUUAUAACAAGCAAACAAGAUCUCAGAAGUCCUGGUGGAGAUUCUUUGAUAAGAAUGCAUCAAGUGCAGAGAAAAAGUUGAUAAUCAAGAUAGAUUUUCUAAUCAUGACGUUUGCCAUUUUGUCAUAUUGGUCCAAGAACUUGGAUCAGGCUAAUAUCAAUAACGCUUAUGUAUCUGGUAUGAAGGAGGAUCUAAACAUGCAAGGGAAUGACUUCUCAAAUGCUCAAGCUUUAUUCCAAGCUGGUACUGUCAUCUUCCAAAUCAUCUUCAUGUAUUUGUUUCCAAGAGUUCCAAUUCAUUUCUUGUUUUUCGCUGGUGACUUGAUGUGGAGUGCUAUCACUUUUGCAACGGCUUUCAUCCACACACCUCAACAAUUGCAUGUUUGUAGAUUUUUAGUUGGUGCAGGAGAAUCUGGUUAUUUCAUUGGUAUGCAUUACUUACUUGGAAGUUGGUAUAAGGCUGAUGAGUUGGGUCGGAGAGGUGGUUUAUUUUAUUGUGGCCAAAUGCUCGGUACACUUACAGCAGGCUUGGUACAAGCAGCAAUCUCUCAGAACUUAGAUGGUGUCCAUGGUAGAGCCGGUUGGAGAUGGAUGUUUUUAGUGGAUGGCUUAGCCACAAGUUCUGUUGCAUUCAUUGCUCUUUAUCUAGUCCCUGGUACUCCUGAGAAUUGUUGUUCACUAUUUUUAACUGACGAUGAUAUUAGGCUAGCUAGAUAUAGAUUGAAAAAGGCAAAUAUUGCACCCCCAUCAAAAGAUCCUCCACCGUUCUUCAACAAAAAACUCUGGAAGAAGAUCAUAUUUGAUUGGAGGAUUUAUAUUCUUGGGGUCUUGGACUAUUUGUUCUGGAACGCAGUCAAUACUGCAUUUUCCAACUUUGCUCUUUGGUUAAAAUAUUUGGAUAGAUAUGAUACACCACAUUUAAACAGAUUGACGUCGAUUCCACCUGCCCUAGGGAUUCUAUGGAUCUUGUUGGUUUGUGGAUCUGCUGAUAUAUUGAAAUCCAGAGCUUUUGCAAUAUUUUGGGCAGAAGUUUUCGUUUUAAUGGGUAAUAUCGUCCUUGCUAAAUGGGAUAUUGCAGAACCAGCAAUGUGGUAUGCCUUUAUGAUCAGUUAUUUCGGUCUUUCGGUGUCAUCAGUUGUGUAUGCUUGGUUAAAUGAUAUUAUGAGAUAUGAUUCGCAGGAAAGGUCUAUUGUUUUAUGCGCUGUUAAUAUAUUUGGUAACCAAUCUACAGCAUGGACUUUACCAACGGUGUUCAGGACUUCAACAGCACCUCGUUAUCACCAAGGUUAUGUAUUUGUUGCUGGUCAUAGUGCAGCAUUGAUGGUUUGGAGCUAUGUCACAUUAUUCUUUUACAAAAGGCAAGAAAGGAAGGAUGCUAGAUCUAAUGGUAUUGUGCUAUACAAUUCCAAGACAGGCGACAUCUCCGUUGAGGCAAGAAAACAUUUGGAGACUGAGUCGGCAGCAGGUGGUGUAUUUGAGGCUGAUUCUAACUCUCUCACUAAGACUCAAGAACUCUUAGAAGUUAGAAGUAUAUCUGAAUGA